UUAUUUUUUUUUUCAAAUCACGCACGGCCAUAUAUUGUAAACAUGCAUUCACAGCCCGAUGGCAUUUGGUUUUGUUCGGUCCGUGAGAUUUAAAAGUUUACACAUGUUUCAUGUUUUUGAAAAAACAUUUUUAAGAUUCAAGUCCUAAAGUUAAUAGAUAUUUUAAUGAAUUUGGUGUAACUGAAACCGUUACAGCGAGUAGGUAUCGAACACAUCCAGAAAGUUACACUUAAAGGAGGAUAAACUAUGAUAAGAUUAUUAACCAAAGAUUAUUCAAAAUAAACCCAACAGAGAGUGCAAAAUAUCGACAUUAAUAGGCACUUUGCUCUAUUUACUCAUCUAUUUAAAUGUACUGAUAAGAUAAGGAUCGACUGGCAUACGCUGAGCCAGAAGCUCGUUCCUCAGUCUAUUACUUGCACUUUAUCAAAUCAAUACAACUUGAAAUGCUGCUUAAAUUGAGCAGAAAGGCCCUGGAGGUUCAGAAGUUCCCUAGAGAACUUACAUGUGCCAUACGGCAGCUAUCUUCUGACAGUGGCGACAAAGAUAAAAACCGCGGCCCAGUUAAGCCCUCAGAUGUGGCUGCUAAUCGGGAGAAUCCCGUUUCUCGGACCCUAAAAAUUUUAGGAAAUGAUAUGGGAAAGGUGAAAAACUUCAUUACUCCGAAUUUUAUCAAGGCGAAAUCCAAGUCCACAGAAGAUGUGGACAGCUACCUUGAAAAGUACAGACGGGAAGACUUUCAAAGUCAUUGCGACGUUCUCAUCAUUGGCGGAGGUGGAGUUGGUUCAUCUAUUGCGUACUGGCUCAAGAAACGGGCCCGAGACGGUCUGAACGUUGUAGUUUUGGAAAAAGAUUCAACUUACAAGGAAGCGUCUACGUGCCUUUCGGUGGGUGGCCUUCGUCAGCAAUUUUCCGUUGUCGAAAACAUUCAAAUGAGCCUAUACGGGGCAGAUUUUAUGCGCAAAGCAAAGGAACACCUCGGUGAAGAUGUGGACGUUAACUUCACUCCAUAUGGCUAUCUGAUGCUAGCUUCGGAAAAAGGAGCAGAACAGCUGCAAGAGAAUUCCAAACUUCAAAAUAUGCUAGGAGCCAAGAAUGAAAUUCUCACAGCAACGCGACUUAAAGAACGGUUUCCCUGGAUGAAUACCGAUGGCAUUGCCCUCGGGUGCCAUGGGCUUGAAAAAGAAGGGUGGUUCGAUCCGUGGGCUCUGCUGUCCGGGUUCAAAAGUCAAGCCAUAAAAUAUGGGGCCCACUUUGUUGAAGCCGAAUUCGUAAACUUUUCGUUCAAAAGUCAUCCAGAUAUUCUGGUUAACGAUCCAAACGUUACUGAAUACGAAGGACUGGACAGGGCCUACAUUAAAAUGAAAAAUGGUGAAAUUCGUGAUAUCAAAUUUUCGCUGGCUAUUAUUGCGGCCGGUGCCCAGUCUGGCAAUGUAGCGAAAGCGGCGCGUAUUGGAACCGGUCCUGGCAUUUUAACCGUACCUCUUCCUGUGGAACCUCGCAAACGUUACGUGUAUGUCUUCCAGUGUCAAGGAGACAACGGUCCCGGCAUCAACACUCCACUAACGAUCGACCCCACUGGAACGUACUUCCGUCGGGAUGGUUUAGGAGGCAAUUACCUGGGCGGUAAGAGUCCACUACCAGAUGAGGAACCUUCGGUGGACAAUUUGGAUGUUGACCAUACGUUUUUCGAUCAACACGUUUGGCCGAAUCUCGCUCAGUUGGUGCCCAGUUUCGAAGCCAUCAAGGUGAAAAACGCAUGGGCUGGAUACUACGAGUACAACACCUUUGACGAGAAUGGCAUUGUGGGACCACACCCGUACUACAACAAUCUUUACAUUGCCACCGGUUUCAGCGGUCAUGGCAUUCAACAAACUCCCGCCGUUGGGCGAGCUAUUUCGGAAAUGAUCAUCGACGGUGAAUUCAGAACCAUCGAUUUGACGCGUUUCGGUUUCGAUCGAAUCCUCAUCGAUCAGCCGCUGUUCGAGGCGAAUAUCGUGUGACCGCUUUUUCCGAGUAUUAGCAUUUCUCCCUGAACGCACCACGAUGAUUCGACAUUAACAUUACAAAUGGAUGGAAAGUGAAAAAAAAAACCUUUGAUUUAAGCUAUUUCUA